AGAAAAUCUGGACAGUCACAUGUUCUAGUAAAAACAGCCAAUCAUCAAUCGACGAAGAUCUACGGAAGGAAAUCCGUACUGACGUGAGUUUGCAGAUAUCUGUCAUUCGGGUUUUCUUUCUUUCUCUAUACAGACAGGAUUUGGUAUCGGAUGACUGAAGCAACUGCAGAUAAGACAACGGAGUGCAGACACUUACUGCCAUCACGUGGCCGCAGGAAUUCCCCAUGAUCACAUGACCGCAGGAUGACGUCAAAAUCAAAAAAGAAACACAAGCAAAGGCCAUGAACGCCAUGAGCGACGCGGACAGCGAGCGAGCGGACAGUCUAGACGGAUGGGUUGCCGUUAAAACCGACGCGUUCGACAACAGCGAGAACCAUAAACUCCGGUUUAUCGUGGAGUGGAACGAAAUAGAGUCGAAGUUUGCUGUGACGUGUCAUGACCGGACGCAACAGCGGCGCGGAGACGCUAGCGGGAGCUGCGCAGGACUGUUCUCCAGCGAACUCCUGGGACACGUGCACGCGCAUUUGUGUGCGGUGCGCGAUGAGCUCGCGUCGCUCUUCCCUGACCUGACGCGCUUCCGCGAGCCCAACCUGUGGGAGCUGCUGUUCUUCAGCGCGCCGCGGAGCGAUGUCGACGCGUCGUGCAGGCUGCUGGAGCGAUACUUCAGCUUCGCUGUGGACGCGUGCGGCCGCGGGAUCGUGCUGGACGCGCUCUUCAGCGUCAGUGAAAAGGAUGAGCAGGAAUACUACGAAAAUCUGCACGAGUUUAAACGCAAGGCGAUGCGGGACGAGAUCACGCGCGCUGAAGACGCGCUACGCGCGGUUGUUGACAGUCGUUCGAGUGCUGAUGGACUGAUGCAGCUGAUGAAGAUCUAUGAUGAAGAAGAUGAGCUCUACACACAGUUUGUCAGUGUGUCAACCCACUUUCACCAGAACCUUCUACAGCCCUUCAGAGACAUGAGAGAGCUCGCCACACUUUACACAACUGAGAUUCAGAAGUGUCUGCAGUAUGAAGAGUUGGGGCCGAAGCGUGUGCGUGAACUGGAGGCAGAGAUGAAUGAAUGGAGGCAGCGAGGUCAAGCGGCCGUUCAUUCAAUACAGGACAUCACCGCUGACUACUUCAAGAACACAUCAAACGCUCUCACAGGUAUGGUGAAACAGAUGGAAGAAGAUCAGAAAAGGUUUGGUCAGGCAUCUUGGACGAUGGCCACUCCCCGACAAGAGAAACUCAAACUGUUAUUGGCUAAAGAGACACUGCAGCACAUGAGAGCCAGAGAGAUGUGCAUCAAACGCAAGAGACUCCACAUACGAGAUAAAAUCCGUGGUGUGAUGAAGAGCGCGGGUGCCGUCAGUGCGCUGGAGCUGCAAUAUUAUGAAACACAGCUGGAACUUUAUGACUGCAGAUUUGAGAUCCUGAGAAACGAGGAGCUGCUGCUGCUGACACAGAUUCACACCACACGACGACAAAUCAGAGAGCUGCAGGAGCAGGUGGUGUAUUAUGACACCUGUCAGGACCCUGAGGAGCUGCUGGAUGUUCAGGUGGAUGUAAGCUCCGCCCACACACACCUGCAGCAGAGACUCAAACAGCUGGAGAAUAAAAGAGGAACAAUAUCAUCACGCAGAGCUUACCUCAGAAACCAGCGGGACGUGUGUGUUCAGGCUCACAAGCUGCAGCAGUGUUCAGUACUGCAGAAAUCCCAGCAGCACCACCAACACCAUGCCGCGCAGCUGCGAGAGAAGAGGAGAGAGGAAGAGCAUCAGAUGAAGGAGUGGGUGGAGGUCGAGAGAGAGAAAACUCUUAACAGACUCCGCAGCUUCAGAACGAGGCAUCAGGGUAAGUGUGUGUUAAAGGCUGCUCAGUCGAGGCCGAUGUCACAUGACGACGAUGAUGACUCAUCACAGCCUCUGUCAAUCAUAAGUCUGGGACCGCAAAACUCCGAUCCCUGUAGGAAGGCUCGUGCCCUGAAGCCAAGCGACAUCCCUGUGGAGAUACUGGUUCCAGACCAGACACCUCCUCCCCAGGUUCCUCCUACAUCUCAAGAACCUCCCCCACCCCAAGCUCCUCCCCCACCUCCUGCCCCACCCCUUCCUCCGCCACCCCUCCCUCUGCUUCCCGCUCUGCCGAUCAGCGAGAAGCUGCCUAAAAGAAACGCUCUGGAGCAAAACACUGGGUUAAUGGACGAGCUUUUAGCGUCCCUGCAGCGAGGUCAGAAGCAACUGCGUAAAGUCCCGAACCACACGGAGCACGUGGAUGUCAGAGACAGCAUCAUGUCAGCCAUCCGACAGGGUGUGGCACUGAAGAAAGUACCGCCCUCUGCCGGCCCCGCCCCUGCAGCAGACUCUGAGUUGGAGCGAAGCAUCAAAGCUGCCAUGUUGAGAAUGAAGAAGGUCACCAAUGAUUCUGAUGAUGAAGAAAGUUCAGAUAUGCCGUCCGGCGAAUGGGACUCUUAAAUGUAGACAACCACCUCUCCAAGAGAUUAUAAAGCCAAAGACGCCUCAGCCGUUACGCUGCAGUUACAACAGCGGGACAAACCAACAUCCUCAGUCAACAUUGAGUUUUAUUCUUAACUCUUUAGAAUCAACCUUAUAUUGAAUAUCACAGGUUGGGUUAAUGGCACUUUAAGUUGCUAGUAGAAACGUAUUUAUUAUUAAUUAUAAUAUAAUUAUAUUAUUGUUUUGCUGACAUCCGAUGGAUUUUAUUUGAAAACAUUGAAGAUGCUGCAGUGCCGGAUCAGGAUUGAAAAGGUUUCUAACAUCUGCUGUGAAAUGGGUUAUGUAAAGGAUUUGCUGAAUUUCAAUAAAAUAUUGUGUGAUAUUUUUGCAAGCUCCUUUUUUAUAUACAGAUUUAAGCAAGUUUAGAGAAGAAAACGUUAGCUGGCAAUGGUUUGCAAAGUUUUGCUCAAAAUAUCUGCUAAAUAACGACACCUUUUUUAAUCCAACAGUCUCUCACUGAAAUGAUCCAAAUAAAGAAAAUCGACUCGGAGAACACGUUUCUGUCUUUUCGAUGUUUAUUCUCGGUCAAGGACGAGUAUUCAAAUACACGAGAGCAAAUCA